AUGCAAGUACACCCAACAAAAUUUGGCCGAUUUUUCAGUGAACCUGGAGAUUAUAGUCAAAGUAAUCUUAGUCAAGAAAAUGACAACACAACGUCGACAUCACGACAAACUGUACACUUGCGGCCACCAAUCAAGCACGAUCAGCUACCGAAAAAGAAUUUUCUCAGUCAAUUAUCAUGGGAAGCUGAACAGAAAAUUGACAAAUUGGAAAAUGACGCAAAUCGUGUGAGUGAUGCAUUACAAGACUCAAGGUUUACGCGUGUCACAUCUAUAUGCGAAGAUGAAACAAACCACAACGACAUUGUCAUCUCGUCUAUAAAACCACAUACAAUCGUUGAAACUGGUAUAACCUCUCAUCGUGAUAUGAAAUCGGGCAGUCAGUGGUUUCGCUGGAAUCUGUUGUUCAAUCUUUUACUAUGGUUAAUUGUGCCAUUUCCAUUAUGGAUACCAUUUGUCUCCAAUAGAGUUGCAUAUUAUAUGAUACCGUCUAUCCAAAGUGUAUUCGUUGCUAUGUGGACAAUUAUUGCCAUUUUAGCUUCAAGGAAUGCCUUUAUUGUGUAUAUAAACCGUUAUCGUGAUUUCACUCAAGCGUACGCUAACUUCGAUGCGACGGCCAUUCGUCACAUCGUUGCCAUUAGUUGUUACCAAGAGCCAGUAGAACUGAUUGCUAGAAGUAUUCAAACAGUAGCAAAUCAGACAGAAGUACAUCGCAUAACAAUGGUCAUCUCAUUCGAAGACAAAACACCAAAUAAAGACGAUAAAUGCCGAUUAUUGAAAAAAGAAUUUGAAAACUCUGGAUUCCAACGCAUAAUAUUCACUAUCCAUCCGUCUAAGGUGCUCAAUGAAAUACCAGGAAAAUGCUCAAAUUCCAAUUAUGGUCUUCGUAUGGCCAUUCAACAAAUGGCAAUUGAUGUCAAUGAAACCGACAACAUACUGGUGACAACAUGUGAUGCUGACUCAAAAUUUCCACCUCAAUAUAUUGCUGCAUUAACCUACAAAUACUUAAAGGAGAAUCGACCAGCCCUAAAUACAAUCUACCAAGCGCCCUUGUUUUACAACUGGAAAUUGGAUGGAUUAUCGUUUAUUACUCGUGUUACAGGCUUGUUGAGAAGUUUUCUGAUGCUAGGUGCAUUAAUUCCAUUCAAUAUCAAUACAAUGAGUAUUUUCUCAUAUUCAGUAAGUCUAGCAAUAAAAGGAAAUUACAUUCAUCCUGCCUAUCAGAUGGAUGAUAUUAUUUGUCUCAUUCGCUGGAUGGGAUUGACACAGCAACGAUUGAGAAUAUCAAUGAUACAUGUUCCCGUAUUGAGUGGACCUACAAGCGGAGAAACGAUUGAAUUGGAAAUUAUGGAGUGGGCGAGACAAGCUCGUCGCUGGACAAUCGGUGCAGCAGAAGUAUUUCAUUAUUUUACUAUUAAAGCAAAACGAAUGCCAGCGGCAGCUGCAUGUUCCUGGGGCAUUAGUUUUAUUAUUUAUUAUGGGAUUCUCUUGUGUACAGGUGGUUUAUAUGGUCUCACAUCCAUGUUAUCCAUGUUUCUAAUAGUCAAAGGUGUUCCUUCUGUUAUCAGUUAUAUAAUGUAUGGUAUGUUAGGUGUACAAAUGUUAACAUUUUUGAUUGCAUUCAUUAUUGAUAUGAUUAUUCCCAAAGUAUUAGAAGUCGAAGAGUAUAUCUUUGUUGUACGAAACUUUUUUCAUUUUUUAACAACACCAUUUGUCCUCUUAGGCUAUUCACUUGUGGAACUUUAUGCGUUACAUGAAGUCGCUAUUUAUGGUAAGAAAGUGUGUGGACAUGCUCCAUCGAAGAAAACGGCUCUUAAUUAA